AUUGUUAAAGUGAAAAUUAGUUGUGCCCCAUUUUAACACGCAAUAAGUUUGGAACACGGGGCAAUAGAUUUUAGAUCAGAAUGAUGAGACUUUUUGUAGCUUUGGCUCUCUCUCUCAUUGGGUCUAAUUUGGUUUCCGCUGCCACCAAAAAUAUAAUAUGCUAUCAUGGAACCUGGUCUCAUUAUCGAUGGGGAAAUGGACAGUUCAGCUCAAAAAACAUUGAUCCCACGCUAUGUACCCACGCAAUUUAUACGUUCGUAGGAAUUGAUGCCAAUGGCAAUGUAAUUUUGCUUGAUGAAUGGUUGGAUAUCGAUUUAGGUGGUUUUCAAAGUAUAAAUGCCCUCAAACAAGUUAACCCUAACUUCAAAACAUUACUGGCCGUCGGGGGAUGGAACGAAGGUUCCGCGAAAUAUUCCGCAAUGGCUGCCGACCCAAUUAAGAGGGCAAACUUUAUCAAUACCGCACUAAGUUGGGUUCUUAAAUACGGUUUCGAUGGAUUUGAUCUCGACUGGGAAUACCCCGCAAGAAGAGACAGUUCCAACGCAGCGGACAAGGAAAACUUCGUUACGCUCAUAAAAGAAUUGCGGACCGUUUUCGACAAAAAUGGACUUCUUCUCACUGCUGCUGUGUCGGCAACUCCGAGUUCGGUCGACAUAUCUUAUGACGUACCUUCUCUUUCAAAGAAUUUGGACUUCAUAAACGUCAUGUUGUACGAUUUCUUUGGUUCAUGGGACACCACCACCGGUCAUAAUGCACCUCUCAACGGUUCUACUAGAUACGUCGGUACAGAAUAUGCCGAAUACAGCGUGGUAACUGCUAUAGAAGGGUGGCUCAGUAGGGGUGCAGAUCCGCAAAAAAUCGCCCUUGGGGUGCCAUUUUAUGGUCGCACUUUUACCUUGUCCAACUCUAACAACAACGCUCCUGGUGCUAGCAUUUCGGGAGCUGGAAUGGCAGGACUUUAUACUGCCACCGCGGGCUUUUUAGGUUACAACGAGAUUAUCGAGAAAUUUAAUGCGGGUGGAUGGACACAAAAGUGGGACAACGAACAGAACGUCCCGUACGCGUACAGCGGCAACCAAUGGAUUUCAUACGAUAAUCCGAAGUCUCUUGCAAUCAAAGCCAGGUAUGCUCAGUCACUAAAUUUAGGGGCUGUGAUGUUAUGGUCAAUUGAAACUGACGAUUUCUUGGGACUAUCCGGUACCAAAUUUCCUUUGCUUAAGGCUAUCAACGAAGUACUAUUCGAUGAGUCAUCAUCAUCAAGCUCUUCGGACGAUUUGUCUAAUUCCAACUCAGAUUCCGAGUCUUCGUCUGGUACGAACUCUGACGACUCCAGUUCUUCAAGCGUAGGAGCAUCAAACAACAACACUGAUGAUUCCAACUCUUCAAACACGGACAACACAAAAGACGAAACGCAAAGCUCUGAUGCAUCAGAUUCCGAGGCUUCCGAUUCUAGCUCGGCUAAUUCUGGAUCAUCUUCAAGUUCAACCAACACUAAAAACGUCAUAUGCUAUCAUGGAACCUGGUCUCAUUAUCGUCGAGGAAACGGACAGUUCAGUUCUAAAAACAUUGAUCCCACGCUCUGCACCCACGCAAUUUAUACGUUCGUAGGAAUAGAUGCUAAUGGUAACGUCAUUUUGCUUGAUGAAUGGUUGGACAUCGGUUUAGGCGGUUUUCAAAGUAUAAAUGCCCUCAAACAAGUCAAUCCUAACUUCAAGACAUUAUUGGCCGUCGGGGGAUGGAACGAAGGUUCUACAAAAUAUUCCGCAAUGGCUGCCGACCCAACUAAGAGGGCAAACUUUAUCAAUACCGCACUAAGUUGGGUUCUUAAAUACGGUUUUGAUGGAUUUGAUCUCGACUGGGAAUACCCGGCAAGACGAGACAGUUCCAACGCAGCGGACAAGGAAAACUUCGUUACGCUGAUAAAAGAAUUGCGAGCCGUUUUCGACAAAAAUGGACUUCUUCUCACUGCUGCUGUGUCGGCAACUCCGAGUUCGGUAGACAUAUCUUACGACGUACCUUCCCUUUCAAAGAAUUUGGACUUCAUAAACGUCAUGUUGUACGAUUUCUUUGGUUCAUGGGACACCACCACCGGUCAUAAUGCACCUCUCAACGGUUCUACUAGAUACGUCGGUACAGAAUAUGCCGAAUACAGCGUGGUAACUGCUAUAGAAGGGUGGCUCAGUAGGGGUGCAGAUCCGCAAAAAAUCGCCCUUGGGGUGCCAUUUUAUGGUCGCACUUUUACCUUGUCCAACUCUAACAACAACGCUCCUGGUGCUAGUAUUUCGGGGGCUGGAACGGCAGGGCCUUACACCGCUACCGCGGGCUUUUUAGGUUACAACGAGAUUAUCGAAAAAUUUAAUGCGGGUGGAUGGACACAAAAGUGGGACAACGAACAGAACGUCCCGUACGCGUACAGCGGCAACCAAUGGAUUUCAUAUGAUAAUCCGAAGUCUCUUGCAAUCAAAGCCAAAUACGCUCAAUCCUUGAAUUUAGGAGCUGUAAUGUUAUGGUCCAUUGAAACUGACGAUUUUCUGGGACUCUCUGGUACUAAGUUUCCUCUCCUACGAGCUAUAAAUGACGCACUGGGGUUGACUGCAUCGGGCUCAUCAGACGACCCAUCUAACUCAAACUUGGGUGGUGAUUCUUCGAAUUCCGAGUCUUCUAAUUCAGACAGUUCAAACUCAAAACCAUCUAACUCGGAAAAUUCGGGUUCAUCUAAUUCAGAUAACGCAAUCGGCUCCGGCUCAUCCUCUUCAAGUUCCAACGAGUGUACCUCUGCAGGUGCAAUCAGGGACUCGAACGAUUGCGGGGUAUAUUACAUAUGCGUUCCAAGCGGUAAUACUUUCGUGAAGGCCAGAUUCACUUGCCCUGGCGAGUUGUACUACGACAUUUCGAUUUCCAAUUGCAACUAUCCCAGUCUGGUAUCUGGUUGUUAACGAUAUUUUAGUUUUCCUAUGAUUCUUAAUACAGUACGUGUAAUUAUAUUGAAGCAACA